AACUUCAGGGAUUGAAGAAAUUCCAGUUCUUCAUCUGUCCGCUAUAUACAUAUAAACAAUAAUCACUUCAUCCACUCCAAUAUAACUCCUAAGAGAACACCACUUUCUAUAAACAAAUUAUCUUCAGUCCUCAAACCUGAAUGCAUUAUUUCAUUUUGUCACACAAAAAGUCUUUGAGUGGUUUCCAAUCUUUAGUAAAUGUUAACAAUGACUUUAUUUCUUAUUAAACAUGUUGAUUUUGCCAUCUCAGCUAAGUCCGUUAAUUGUAAAAACCGUUCUUCCAUUGCUGGUAAUGAUGUCUCUUUACAUCUUUGCCAUCCACUCCAGUCCUGACAGCAACGUGACGUUACUAGGCAAAACAAAGGAAAAGCAGAGCAAUAAGGAAGGGAACAUUUCUGUUGUUUUAUAUUCAGGGUCUGGGCACGGGUAAAUUUUGUGGUACUUGGGAACUACUGCUCCAUGCUGCUUUUACUGCCUGCAUAGCUUACGAACAAACAUCUCACCUCCAUUUUCUUUUAACAGGGCUCCUUUCUAGCAGAUGGAAACCUUUAAGCACUGUACACCAACCGGAUUGGGUGAAGGGCUGGAUUUCCAAAGCGUCGGGAAUGAAAGCAUAUCGUAUUUUGCCUACGGUAGUAACCUGCUGCGGGAGAGGAUAAUGUUAAGAAACCCGUCUGCCGUUUUUCUCACCCUGGCACAGCUACUGGAUUACAAACUUGCUUUUGGCUCUCAUCAUGGCAAGCCCAGUUCUAACUGGCAUGGAAGUACAGCAACUAUAAUCCAUAGUCCUGGUGAUGAAGUGUGGGGAGUUGUAUGGAGAAUGAGUCCUACCGAUUUACCUUCUCUGGAUAGACAAGAGGGAGUUGAACAAGGUAUUUACAUCCCAAUAGAAGUUACAGUCCAGACUCAAGAAGGGAAAAUACUUAAGAGUCGUAGCUACCAAAUGACAGACUAUGUCUUAGGCCUUCCUUCCCCGCAGUAUAAAAAGGUCAUUUGUAUGGGUGCAAAGCAGAACGGUUUGCCAGUGGACUACCAGAAGAAAUUAGACUCUAUACAGACGAAUGACUAUGCAGGACCUGUGCCGGUUUUUGAUGAAAUUGAAGCUGCCCUCAGCGAAAAUGAGAUAACGAAAGAAUAAAGAAAUGUUUUAGAAUCA